CUCCUUCCAAUACUUUCAGAGAUUCACGCAUAUUCUAGAUGCCUUCCGUAUUAACAAUGCUGAAGCCCCUUUUCGGCACCGUCGUGGGGCUUCUCGGUAUCUACCUUAGCUUCAUCUCACUUCUCACGAUCCCCAAGCUUCAAGACCACGUAAUUUACCUACAUAAAGUCACCUUGACUUGGUUCCAGGAUGUCAACAUCCCAGAGCAAUGGGGUUUCCUUCGGAACCAGGUUACACCUUUUCAUCUCAAAACAUCUGAUGGUGAGACGUUGCAUGCAUGGCAUGUCCUACCUCUCGAUGUAUACCAACAACACGAAGCGGAGUUAAUUGAAGAACCGACCGGUCUGUGCCAGAACGUCGAAAAUAGCCUCUCAUUCGAACUACUGAGAGAUGACCCGACCGCAAAGCUGGUUAUCUACUUCCAUGGCGCAGCCGGCACUCUGGGUUCAGGUUGGAGACCUCAAAGCUAUCGUGCUUUGUCCGCCGCGGUCCCGAACCUUCACGUCCUUGCGAUCGACUAUCGUGGAUACGGAUCGAGUUCUGGGUGGCCUUCCGAAAGCGGUAUGCUUACCGAUGCACUGACCUUGACCGAAUUCGCAAUGGGAACUGCACAAAUACCUGCAGAACGCAUUGUUGUGUUUGCGCAAUCGCUUGGAACAGCUGUAGCCCUUUCGCUUUCGCACAAGCUGGCUCUAGAAGCACCCCCAAUCCUUUUCGCUGGUACUGUUCUUGUAGCACCAAUGGCCGAUGUCGAAACAUCUACGCAGACCUACAAAAUCGCCGGCACUAUCCCAUUACUAUCGCCUAUGGCGGUUUAUCCACCGCUUCUUACCUUUUUCAACAGAUUCAUCAUCAGUAAAUGGCCCUCAAAAGCCAAAAUCGCAGAUUUCAUCCGCCAUCUCGACAGUGCUGACAAGGACGGUCGCAGGAACAACUAUGACAUUACACUAAUCCAUGCUGAGGACGAUUGGGAUAUGCCAUGGAUACACUCAGAGAUUCUUUUUGCACACGCUGUUCGGUCAAUGCGUGGCAACGCUGGCUUUACAAAGGAUGUGUUCGAAGAAGAAAAAGCAAAAAGAAAGUUACAGCUUGGCGCUGGUGGAUGGGUAGUGGAAUGGUGGGGUGGGAAUGGGAUUGUUAGGGAACAGAUUGUGAAACACGGUCUUCAUGACCGUAUCAUGAGCUAUCCAGUUGUGGGCUUGGCUAUAGCCAGAGCGUUUACGAACACCGGCACAUACCAACUAGGCGGAAAGGAGAGCUGACCUGAUAU